CCUAAAACACAGGUGUAACACAAACGUCAUGUUGCUAGCCAGGCAGAUAUAGUUUCUAGGUGAAGAAAGCCUACAGACCAUUUGAACAAUAAGAAAAGACGUCAUGCAGCCCUCUAACGUCUGUUGGUCCUUGACGAUAUGGAUGGCCCAGCUGGCCUUGACUGUUCUCACUGUUCAAGCUAAAAACUGUACCAAACCCAUAGGAGGGGAAAACAUGGUUUUGUCAGAUGCCUUCAUCACGCAAGAGACAUUUGUAGAUGGGGCAAAAGUCACUUUUCAGUGUGCAAUUGGAUAUGCCAGUACAGGAUGGUCUCCGCCAGUCACCUGUACUGCUGGCGUGUGGAGUGAAGUGAAACUGAAAUGCGAAAGGAAGUCGUGUGGCAGCCCAGGAGAAGUGACGAACGGCCAGUUUAAUCUCUCUGAGGGGGUCUUGUUUGGAGACCAGGUAGUUGCUACCUGUAAUACUGGCUAUGUGCUUGUGGGCAGUGGUGUAAGGACCUGUAUGGCUGGAGGCUGGGAUGGCAGAGUUCCUGUAUGUGAAGUGGUGAAGUGUGGAAAGCCCCCAAACAUUGUCAACGGUGGGCCUGUUGUCCCACCUGAUGAUACGUAUGACUAUGGAAGUGUCGUGCAAUAUGACUGUGAGAAGGAUUACACUCUGGUUGGAACUAAAUCCAUAACCUGCAGUGAGAAUGGAGAAUUCCAGCCAGCUCCACCUGAGUGUAAAAUGGUGUCAUGUCCUAAUCCUGUUGUUGAGAAUGGUGUUCGGAUUGACGGCCGUCCCCCCUAUACGUACCUGUCUUUUGUGACGUAUAGGUGUAAUGCUGGAUAUGAGAUGGAGGGACAAGCCAGUCUGACCUGUGAAAUAGAAGGCUGGUCAGCUCCUUACCCAACAUGCAAAGCUAAAAACUGUACAAAACCCAUAGGAGGGGCAAACAUGGUUUUGUCAGAUGCCUUCAUCACGCAAGAGACAUUUGUAGAUGGCGCAAAUGUCACUUUUCAGUGUGCAAUUGGAUAUGCCAGUACAGGACGGUCUCCGCCAGUCACCUGUACUGCUGGCGUGUGGAGUGAAGUGAAACUGAAAUGCGAAAGGAAGUCGUGUGGCAGCCCAGGAGAAGUGACGAACGGCCAGUUUAAUAUCUCUGAGGGGGUCUUGUUUGGAGACCAGGUAGUUGCUACCUGUAAUACUGGCUAUGUGCUUGUGGGCAGUGGUGUAAGGACCUGUAUGGAUGGAGGCUGGGAUGGCAGAGUUCCUGUAUGUGAAGUGGUGAAGUGUGGAAAGCCCCCAAACAUUGUCAACGGUGGGCCUGUUGUCCCACCUGAUGAUACGUAUGACUAUGGAAGUGUCGUGCAAUAUGACUGUGAGAAGAAUUACACUCUGGUUGGAGCUAAAUCCAUAACCUGCAGUGAGAAUGGAGAAUUCCAGCCAGCUCCACCUGAGUGUAAAAUGGUGUCAUGUCCUAAUCCUGUUGUUGAGAAUGGUGUUCGGAUUGACGGCCGUCCCCCCUAUACGUACAUGUCUUUUGUGACGUAUAGGUGUAAUGCUGGAUAUGAGAUGGAGGGACAAGCCAGUCUGACCUGUGAAAUAGAAGGCUGGUCAGCUCCUUACCCAACAUGCAAAGGUAAGACUGAUUUCACUGUUUGUUAUUUAACACAAUUCAGCAUAUACUUUAGCUCAGAUAUUUUGCAUCAUUUGGUGUUUAUGACGGGAAUACCAAUGUGUCAGCAAACUGUCUUUGGUAGAGCUGCUGCUUUCAAGAUGCGGGACUCUAACCCGGAAGCUUACAAGGAAUACCGCUAUGUCCUGCGACGAACCAUCAAACAGGCAAAGCGUCAAUACAGGGCUAAGAUUGAAUCAUACUACACCGUCUCCGACGCUCGUCGGAUGUGGCAGGGCUUGCAAACUAUUACAGGCUACGAAGGGAAGUACAGCCAUGAGCUGCCCAAUGACGCAAGCCUACCAGACGAGCUAAAUCACUUCUAUGCUCGCUUCGGGGCAAGCAACACUGAGGCAUGCAUGAGAGCAUCAGCUGUUCCGGACAACUGUGUGAUCACGCACUCUGUAACCGACGUGGUGAGGGUAGGUAGCAACACAUCUGCCAUGCUGAUCCUCAACACUGGAGCACCCCAGAGCCUGAACAACGACGAGACAGCCUAUAGGGAGGUCGUCAGAGACCUGGCCGGGUGGUGCCAGAAUAACAACCUAUCCUUCAACGUAACCAAGACUAAGGAGAUGAUUGUGGACUACAGGAAAAGGAGCACUGGGCACGCCCCAAUUCUCUUCGACGGGGCUGCAGUGGAGCAGGUUGAGAGCUUCAAAGACCCCAGCCACCCCAAAUAUGCCAUGCAGCCCUCUAACAUCUGUUGGUCCUUGACGAUAUGGAUGGUCCAGCUGGCCUUGAUUGUUCUCACUGUCCAAGCUAAAACCUGUACCAAACCCAUAGGAGGGCCAAACAUGGUUUUGUCAGAUGCCUUCAUCACGCAAGAGACAUUUGUAGAUGGGGCAAAAGUCACUUUUCAGUGUGCAAUUGGAUAUGCCAGUACAGGAUGGUCUCCGCCAGUCACCUGUACUGCUGGCGUGUGGAGUGAAGUGAAACUGAAAUGCGAAAGGAAGUCGUGUGGCAGCCCAGGAGAAGUGACGAACGGACAGUUUAAUCUCUCUGAGGGGGUCUUGUUUGGAGACCAGGUAGUUGCUACCUGUAAUACUGGCUAUGUGCUUGUGGGCAGCGGUGUAAGGACCUGUAUGGCUGGAGGCUGGGAUGGCAGAGUUCCUGUAUGUGAAGUGGUGAAGUGUGGAAAGCCCCCAAACAUUGUCAACGGUGGGCCUGUUGUCCCACCUGAUGAUACGUAUGACUAUGGAAGUGUCGUGCAAUAUGACUGUGAGAAGGAUUACACUCUGGUUGGAACUAAAUCCAUAACCUGCAGUGAGAAUGGAGAAUUCCAGCCAGCUCCACCUGAGUGUAAAAUGGUGUCAUGUCCUAAUCCUGUUGUUGAGAAUGGUGUUCGGAUUGACGGCCGUCCCCCCUAUACGUACAUGUCUUUUGUGACGUAUAGGUGUAAUGCUGGAUAUGAGAUGGAGGGAAAAGCCAGUCUGACCUGUGAAAUAGAAGGCUGGUCAGCUCCUUACCCAACAUGCAAAGCCCUUCUGACUACCACAAAGCCCACUACUACAAAGAGAACCACAAUCCAAGAUCGUGUACCCCGUCCCACUGAUCUAACCCCAAAGGCCAACGACAACACUGGGGUAAUAGCAGGCUGUGUUGUAGGUGGACUUGCCAUUAUUUGUGGUGCAGUAUUUGCAGUCUACAAAGUUAAACAAAGCUCUCGAAGUGGCUACUCAUCAAAUGUGGCCGCUAAAAACUCUGAAGACAAUGAGUUGUAGCAUCCUCUGUCAUGUGCCAAGUAGCCUAAUUUUCCUUAGUCGUCUCCUGCUUCAUUGAGAAAGGAGUCACAGAGAACUGGCUGCUGUGUGACGGUGCCUCCGAAUCAUCUACUACCCUCCCGCUUAUGAACGCAGCAGCCCUUCCCAAUUACCGGGAAUGGUUCAUAUCCUUUCAAAGGAAGCUUUAUUACGUGAUGAUUAGGAACCUCAUGACGAAUGUAUUGGUUCUCUCCCAUUUGGAAGCUUGUGCAUAAGGAGUGGCCUUGAUAAGUUAAUAACUAUUCAUGUUUCCAGAGUACUUCACAUAUCACUUUUUCUUAAUCUAAGCCUGCCUCAUCUCAUUGCCUACAUUCUGAUGUUAAAAGUCCCACAUAUGUAUGGAAGCUGCUCUUUAGAGCGACCAUGCAUCACAAAGCCAGUUUUACCCCCUCUGAAAUAAGAUUUAAGGAAAUGAUAUCCUUUGCAAUAUAAAAAAACCUCACAAUAUAUCAUGCAGUUUGACACCAAUGUCUUGAUAAAGUCAUACCACCAAAGGUCAACACUGGUUUCAUAGACUAGGUUGCAGAUGUGUUGAAUGUAACCUGGAGUUCAUUAACAAAAUUUGGUUCAGAGAAUCAAUGGGCGCUCACUAACUUUAGCUCUAAUCAUUGGCCUUGGUCUUUAAUUGUGUAAAUGUCAGGUUAAUUUAAAAAGGUUGGUUUUAUAAGGAGACCAUGGAAUUGAUGUAGUAUACUUAUUUUGUAAAGUGUGCUAGUUCUUUGAGGGAUCAAGGACUCAUGAUCCAGCUUUGGAAUCUUUAUUUGCACUUAUAGCCUAUUUGUAUUGUCUGGGAGUUAUAUUGUAGAUAAGAUAAUGAAAGAUGUAUUUAAAAGAAUGUAAAUGCAUCUUGUUUUAAUGAAGUUAAAUGGGGAAAAUAAAUGCUUACAAUGUUAUGUCUAUUUUCAGAGAUGAGUCAUGUUUCUGUGACACAUUUUCCCUCUAAACUGUUCUGGAUUUGUGUGUAAUUGGCUCACAUUGCAUGUGUAAGAAUAACUGGGAACUGAUUUAAGCAGAUUGCGCAAAUGUAUUGGAGAUCUGCUAUUCAACCACUUGUAAUAUAACAUCCACCAUACCCAACAGUUGAAUUACUGCCUUGAGUAAAUGUACAUAGUGACAUUAACCACAGUGCAAGACUAUCUGGGUCAUGGUGUUCUAUAGGAAAGAAACCUGCAGCUCUCUGUAAUAUCAGGCUCAGCUUAGUGCAUUUUGAACGCUCAAUGUGCUCUGGAUUCUUCACUAUGCCUUGUAAUGAAGAAUAUUUUGGAGUUUGAUGUCUAUUGUAUAGCCUACAGUGACUUUGCUUUAUUCUGAUCAAUGUACCCUACUAAGCAGCGCGGUGUUCAACAUAUCCAAACAAGACGACCCCACUUGCCAUGUUUUCAAAAUGGAAUGAAAAUACAUGUUCCAGAAUGUCGUCUUUCACUUGAUCUUUGAAACCACUAUUUCCAACAGAGUAAAAUGUAUUCUGUAGUGGCUCUAUUCAAUCUGUAUUGCUGAAGCAUUACAGAUUGCACAAUGUAAAGGUCAUUUCUGAUUGGUUGACAUGCAGCGUUUACUGGGAAUGCAGUUGCUGCUAAAGCUGGAACAAUGUCUUUAUUUGAUUCACGCUUCCUAUGCUCUGUACUUGUCUUUGGUGUCAGUGUGCCUGUAAUCUGUUAAAUUCAGUGUGGGACCACAACUGUUAUGUUGUGGUUAGCCAGUAAUGAAAAAUAUUUUUAGCACUUGUUUGUACAUGAAGUUAAUCAAUUAAACAGCAAUCAUUUUAACAUGAA